AUGGAAGCACCACAGGGGGGUUACCCUCCCCAGGAAGGGUAUGGCCAACCCGUUGGCUAUGGUUCUCCUCAGCCCGGGCAGCCUCCUCAAGGUCAAGCUGGUAGAAAGAAGCGAGUAUAUGCUGGCGAGUCUUUCGAGUUUGGUUCCGGUGCCAAUGCGGCGUUGGGAGGUCAGAUGCCAGCCGGCGGCAGCUACGGCUACCCUCCCCAGCCUGUUGCGGGAUACCAACAACCCGUGGCGCAGCCCAUGUACGGGGCAGAUCCCGCAUCCCAGAUGCAGCCUAUGGCUCAAGGAUACGCCCCGCCUGUCGCACCUGGAGUCGCACAGAUGACCCAGCAAUUUGGUGCUAUGGGUAUGGCCGAUCCGCAUCAGAUGGCGCCUCAGCCUGCCCAAGCACGACCUGUUUCUCUCAACCAACUCAUUCCGACCGACCUUCUCAGUCAACCAUUUAAUGUCGCAGAGCUAGACUUGCCUCCGCCUCCUAUCAUUUUGCCGCCGGGUACCAGUGUCUUCCCGUCUCCCCAUGCAAACUGCCCUCCAAAGUACAUGCGCUCGACACUAAAUGCCGUUCCGACAAACCACUCGCUUUUGAAGAAAUCCAAAUUACCUUUCUCUCUUGUCAUUCAGCCAUACGCAGCCCUCCAUGACGCAGAGGACCCUAUCCCGGUGAUUCCCGAUCAAGUCAUCUCACGAUGCAGGCGUUGCCGAUCCUACAUCAAUCCAUUCGUCACAUUCAUGGAUAAUGGCCACCGCUGGCGUUGCAAUAUGUGCAGCUUGACGAACGAUGUGCCUCAAGCCUUCGAUUGGGAUAGCGCUGCGCAAAAGCCCGCGGACCGGGCUCUGCGACCCGAACUCAACCACUCGGUCGUUGAGUUUGUCGCACCUCAAGAAUAUAUGGUCCGACCACCACAGCCGCUUGUCUACCUCUUCCUGAUUGAUGUGAGCUAUACUUCGGUUGCUAACGGCCUCUUGGCCACAACCGCACGAUGCAUCAAGGAGAGCCUUGACCGGAUCCCUAACGCGGAUCGGCGGACCCGGUUGGGCUUUAUGGCCGUGGACACAAGCCUUCAUUACUUCAGCAUCCCCAGAGACGGAUCCGAGAGCUCAGACCCGCGUAUGCUUGUUGUCAGCGACCUUGACGAGCCAUUCCUUCCCAUCCCCGGUGAUCUUCUGGUGCCACUGAGUGAAUGUCGGGAGAACAUCGAGCUGUUCUUGGACAAGCUGCAGGACAUGUUCCAGAACACCCAGAGCAAUGGCUGUGCUAUGGGAUCGGCUUUGCGGGCUGGUUACAAGUUGAUCUCCCCCGUGGGUGGAAAGAUGACUGUCCUCAGCACGUCGCUCCCUAAUGUUGGACAAGGUGUCCUUACCAUGAGAGAAGAUAAGAAGGUCCUAGGUACGAACAAGGAGAACAGUCUUUUGCAGACCGCCAACAGCUUCUACAAGAGUUUUGCCGUCGAGUGUUCCAAGGCGCAGGUGUCGGUGGACAUGUUCUUGUUCUCCUCCCAAUAUCAAGAUGUGGCGUCCUUGAGUAACCUUCCGAGAUACACGGGUGGUCAGACUUACUUCUAUCCUGGGUGGAACGCGGCCCGGAGCGAAGAUGCGAUUAAGUUCGCACGGGAAUUUUCUGAGUACCUGUCGUCAGAGAUUGGGCUGGAGGCUGUCCUGCGUGUCCGUGCAACGACUGGUCUGCGGAUGAACACGUUCUACGGUAACUUCUUUAACCGUAGCUCGGAUCUGUGUGCAUUCCCUGCUUUCCCGCGUGAUCAAGCGUACGUCGUUGAGGUUGCGAUUGACGAGACUGUCACGAAGCCAGUAGUAUGCAUGCAGGCAGCUGUCCUUCACACCACGUGUAACGGCGAGCGGAGGAUCCGUGUCUCGACCGUGGCGCUUCCCACCACCCAGAACCUUGCCGACCUGUAUGCUUCAGCGGAUCAACAGGCGAUUUCCGCUUAUUUCAGCCACAAAGCUGUUGAGCGGGCUCUGUCGAAUGGUCUGGAGCCAGCAAGAGAGGCAUUGCAGGCCAAGGUCACGGAACUUCUGUCGACAUACCGCAAGGAGCUUGCCGGUGGAAGCGCAAGCGGUAGCGGACUUCAGUUCCCUGCCAACUUGAGAGCACUUCCUGUUCUUUUCCUCGCCAUGAUCAAGAACCUUGGUCUCCGGAAAUCCGCUCAGAUUCCGACCGAUAUGCGAUCAGCUGCUCUUUGUAUGCUUUCGACGCUUCCUCUUCCCCUUCUUAUGCAGUACAUCUACCCGAAGAUGUACUCGCUACACGACAUGCCAGACAAUGCGGGAUUGCCGGAUGAGCAGACGGGCGAAAUCAUCCUUCCGCCGCCCAUCAAUCUGGUGUCUGAACAGAUGCUGUCGUAUGGUCUUUACCUUCUCGACGACGGGCAGACGCAGUUCCUGUGGGUGGGACGCGAUGCAGUGCCGCAGCUCAUCCUCGACGUGUUCGAGUUACCCGACAAGUUGCAACUCCGCGUGGGCAAGCAGUACCUUCCCGAAUUGGACAAUGACUUCAGCCAGCGGGUUCGGGCGGUAGUUGAGAAAAGCCGGGACCACCGUGCGAAGGGUGCGGGCAGUAUCGUGGUGCCGCAUCUGUAUGUGGUCAGGGAGGACGGGGAGCCAGGCCUCCGGUUGUGGGCACAGACGCUGUUGGUUGAGGACCGAUCGGAUCAGAGCGCCAGUUUGGUGCAAUGGAUGGGAUCUUUGCGGGAAAAGGUUUGA